AGCGCGAUCUUAAUAGUUUUCUUAAAAUCUAAAACAAACAAACCGGUGAAGAACAUAAUUCCAUUUUUCCUUUGUUGAAUUGAAUUGCACUGUUUCUAAGGAAGAAGCAGCAACACGAAUAGAAGACAAGGUUGAACCAAACUGCGACCGCUUAAGGAAUAAGCCCAACUCUUCAAGUUCAAACACCAAAUCAAAAAUGUCAGAGGUUGAUUUUGAACCCCAAAUCCAACACCACCCACGCAUCUUCUUCCCCAAUCUCCUCUCGCCUCACGAAUGCACAGAGUUGGAAUUCAUUCACAAGUGUAGCAGUACAGUUGGUUACAGACCAAAUGUCUUCUCCACCACUCUUUCACAUCUCAUUGCCACCAACUCUUCGCAAUUCAUCAUUCCUUUUAUUCCAAUCCGAGAAAGGUUGAAAGAUAAAUUAGAAGAGUUUUUCAAAUGUGAGUUUGAGCUCUUUAUUGAAUUCACCGGUUUAAUCAGCUGGAGCAGAGGGGCGAGCAUUGGAUGGCAUAGUGAUGAUAAUAGGCCUUACCUUAAACAACGUCACUUUUCGGUAGUUUGUUAUUUGAAUACGUAUGGAAAGGAUUUCAAUGGUGGACUCUUUCACUUUCAAGAUGGUGAACCGGCAACAAUUAUUCCCGCUGCUGGUGAUGUUGUGAUGUACACGGCUGACGACCGGAAUAUUCAUUCUGUUGAUGAGAUAACUGAUGGGGAAAGACUCACACUUGCUUUAUGGUUCAGCCGUGACGGUUCCUCUGAUGAAGAUACAAAGCUUGUUUCACUUCUUUCACAACACCUAUUGUAUAAAAACAUUGCUAGUUCAUUACUACCUUUGCCCGCAUCGAGUAAUAUGUACUGGUUUUCUCAGGACCAAGCUUCCAAUGACCAGUUUGGUUUUAAUAUUUGUUGGGCCAGACUGCAUAUUCUCGGAUAUGACAUAUAUUUUUCCCAAGACACCAGCUGUGACUCUGAUGUCUCUGAAUUGAUGCUAAAGCCAGUGCACUUGGUGAGAGGAGCUGAGUUGCUAGACCAGGAAUUUGCCAAUAUUUUGCAUGUGCUUCAGGUUGUCCAAUUUUUCUGUUGGAAAGAAUCUGCCUUGCAGACCAACAUGUCAAAUAUAGAUUGCAAAGUCGUAAAACUGUCAGAUGAGCAAAUAGCAAAAAUCAAUGGUCUUAAUUCUGUACUUCUGAAUGAUGUUGAUCUCGCAUCCAGAAUUUUCUGUAGAAGGCCUUCCAAUUUGGAAGAAAAUGGAUCCAUUUACUCUAAUUGGACUGGAAUAGUGGCUGCUAUUGCUGCUUGGGAAGAUUAUGUGUUGAAGUUAAACAAGCAAAUUCAUUUUCAGCUACCUUACUGGAGAAUGCAAGAAUCUUUAUAUAAUGUACAAUUAGAUGCAUAGUAUUUUUUUCAACAAGCAACUUCAUUUUUGAAAGUUUGCUUGGAUAAACAUUAUUCAAGUCAAGGUGUUUGGGUGAGUUUUAGGACCAUGCUGCUUCAGGGAGAAAUGGGGAGUGCAACUCAAGGUUUUCCCUAGAGUGUAAGCAAGCAACAGAAGCUUGAAUUUCAGAAUAGUGAUGAGGUUGAUGUUAACCAUCUGCAAGAUUUGUUUACCUCUCUGUCAAUUAUGUGCUCCAAACAAUGGUCAUGUCCAUUGAUGCGUGCACCAACAGUGUUUCACUGCAACAACAAUAGUAAAGAAACUGGUUAGAAAUUGUAAAUUUUCAUGUAUAAACUUCAACAACAAUAAGCGUGUUAAAGUUUUA